CCAAAUUGUUAUCUACUUAAUUUUGAGAAAAAAAAAUAAAUGUUCUUAGGCCUAUAAAUAGGACAACUUCUUCGUCCUUCAAAUUUAAACCGAUUUCUUCCCAUCACUUAUUACCACCUUUCAUCUAAUCUUAAUAUAGUUAAAACUAUUACUGCCCUCGGAGAGAUGGAAAAUGCUUUACUGCUUCUAACCAAUGUAUUCUUAGUGUUAGCAGGUUGUUUAGCGAAAACAACAGCUCUAGCAACGUUGGAACAACGAGAAUCAUCAGAGCCAAUGCUUGAGGAUAAACUGAUACUGAGAGGUUUGAAAUUCUACGGUUUCCAUGGAGUGCGUCCGGAAGAGAAGAAACUGGGGCAUACAUUUAUUGUUGACCUUGAUGUGUGGCUGAAUUUGAAACCGGCCAUUAAAUCAGACAACUUGGCAGAUACAGUCAGCUAUGCCGAAACUUUCAGACUAGUUAAGAAAAUUGUUGAAGGGCCACCGAAAAAUCUUGUGGAGACGGUUGCGGAUCUCAUCGCAUCUCAAAUGCUUGAGACGUUUCCUAAGAUAAACGUUAUUCGAGUGAAGCUUGGAACACCGAACCCCACACUACUUGAGUGCACCGAUUACGCAGGGGCCGAGAUUUUCAGGAAGCGAAAGCAUUAACUGAAGACACUGCAUAACCCCAAUAGCUUGACAUCAUUAUGUUUUCGAUAACUAUUUUAAAUAUUAAAGGAAAAAAACGUAAGUGUGAAAGCUAUAAUAUGGAUUGAUUUCUAUCAUUAUAUGAUAUAUAUAACCUAUUGUGUGUGAAAGUUAUAAAUGUAUUAUAAAUGUACACUAUUAUCAUGAUAUAUAUUUCUAUUACGUUGGUUCAUAAAAAUC